GGCGGCUCCCCGCCCCCUUCUCUGACUGGCUGCCCCCAACACGCCCUGCUCGCGGUUGACCGAGCCUGGAGUCGAAGUGGUCGGGGGCUCUUACGGCUGUGGAAUGCCGGAAAGUGCGUAUGUUAAUGUAUAAAGGCGGAUACUUUUCAUAAUAAAUGAAAAUGGCCAAUUCUUUAAGAGGAGAUGUACUGAACCUUUAUAAAAAUCUGCUGUAUCUUGGACGAGACUAUCCAAAAGGAGCAGACUAUUUUAAAAGGCGUCUGAAGAAUGUUUUCCUUAAAAACAAAGAUGUGAAGGACCCAGAGAAGAUCAAAGAACUUAUUGAACGGGGCGAAUUUGUAAUGAAAGAGCUAGAAGCCUUAUACUUUCUUAGGAAAUACAGAGCAAUGAAACAACGCUAUUAUACAGAUAACAACAAAUCUAACUGAUUACGAUUACUAUAAUUUGACUGAAAUUCAGUGUCAGCUAUUUCUGUAUACCAGAUACGAUAAAAAUAAUUGUACAUUAAAAUGGCAAGAUAUACAGGUUAUGUAAAAAAUACCUGCGCUGUCUUAUUGAAAUGAAGUAGGUUUCAAUUUCUAGUCACAGAGAGCUUUAUCAGCAACCUUUUAUGCUUAAUUUUUAUAAAAAUUUAGCAGUACAGCCAACUACCAAUUAAAAAUUAAUGAGCACCCAUUUUGAAUGAAAAUAUAGUGCACUUGAAAUAAUUUUAACUUAGUAAGUUUUUGCCAAUUAUUCUUAGCCCAGUUCUCCAUUUUACUGACAAGAGAAUGCCACUUAAUACACAUUUAACUAAACAAAAUAAUUUCUCACAUUAAUCCGCCUUAACUUUUAAGGAAUAUCACCUUAUUUUUUACCCUAUUUGGCACUUAAUUAACAGCACACUUUCAAGAGUCACUACAAAGCAGAUAGCACCUGGCAAUGAUCUAAGUAUAGUUACAGAAAUCACAUGUGUAUGGAGUAGGAUUAUUUCUGAUCUUGAGGUAGGCUGCCAUUGAUUGGCAUUACAUACAUACCUAUUUAAUAUCUUCCAUUUAAUUUUGCUGCUGGUUCUCAUUGGUUCUUAAAACAAGUCACCUGUUGUAUAUCAAUUACUGAUAAAAAGUAAUAAAGAAUGUUAUUCUAUUCUUUCAUCAUAAA